AUGGAGCAUGCUAACGAGGUAGCUGGGCUGGCCAACGAGCUAGCCCGAGCGGUCCGGAUCACCAUGGAUCCGGAAGCAACACAGCAGUCCCGGAUGGACGCAUACGUUGCCUGUGAACGAUUUAAGGACGUUUCUCCUCUGUGUGCCCAGGCGGGCCUGUGCUUAGUGACCGGAAACUACCCCGCGAUCGUACGACAUUUCGGGCUGCAGCUGAUGGAGCAUACGAUCAAGUUCAACUGGAACAGCAUUUCGCAGCAGGAGAAGAUCUUCAUCAAGGAAAAUGCCAUGAAACUGUUGAAUGUUGGCGUUGGGGAUGCGCAAGACCUUGCCCUGUCCCACAUCAAGGACGGUGUGUCGCGGAUCAUCGUGGAGAUGAUCAAACGCGAGUGGCCCCAGCAGUGGACCACGCUGCUGGUGGAGCUGAGCGAUGCCUGCUCGAAGGGAGUGGCCCAAACCGAGCUGGUGCUGCUGGUGUUCCUGCGCCUGGUCGAGGACGUGGCCCUGCUGCAGACGAUCGAAUCGAACCAGCGGCGGAAGGACAUUUACCAGGCGCUCACGGUGAACAUGUCGGAGAUAUUCGACUUCUUCCUGCGGCUCAUCGAGCUGCACGUUGGCGAGUUCCGGUCCGCUACCACGAUGGGGGACAAACACAAAGCCCUCGGACACAGCCGGGUGGUGCAGGUGGUACUGCAAACACUGACCGGCUUCGUCGAGUGGGUGUCCAUCAACCACAUUAUGGCGGCCAACGGGAGGUUGCUGCAGAUUUUGUGCAUUCUGCUGACCGACGUCGAGUUUCAGCAGCCGGCUGCCGAUUGCCUCGGUCAGAUUGCGAACCGUCGCGGUCAGCUGAAGGAUCGCAAACCGCUGCUGUUGCUGCUGGAAGAUGCACCCGUGGGGCACUACUAUCAGGCGGCGACCCAGAACGAGCGCCUCGGGACGGAAUCGUACUAUCUGUUCCUCAAGAAGCUGGUGCAAGUGCUGGGCGGUCUGGCUGCCCAGCUGACCACGCUGUGGGGCAAGGAGGACUGCCAACCGAUUCGUCCCCAGUGUCUCGCGACUUUUCUCGGCACGGUGCUGAUUUUCACGCGCCACUCCAGCUACAGUCUGGUCCACCCGGCCGCCCUCAUCUGGACCAGUCUGCUGAAGCACGAACAAAUCUCGAAAGAGCCCCUGGUGCUCGACUACAUUCCAAAGGUGAUCGAAGUGAUCGGUCCGAAGAUCGUCAAGGUGAGCUACCCGUUGUCGCGGCCGACGGAGAUCACCAUGCACCCGCAAACGUUCGCCAGCCUGGACUACGAUGGCGAAGAGGAGUGGCUCGUGUUUUUCUUCCGCUGCCGGACCGACUUUCUGGAGAUUUUCCGCCAAGCCACGCUCAUCUCCCCGCUCGUCACGUUCUCCUACUGCGAACACUGGUUGACGGCACGGUUGCAAAAGACGGCCACCAGCGAACGGAACACGUCGUGCAGUGUGACCGACCCGGUGUACCUCGAGUGGGACGCACUAACCAACGUGCUGGACGGUGUAUUGUCCCGCAUACUGAUGGUAACCGAGCGGCCGUCCGUUGCGAGCGGGUUGCGGCUGCUCGAGGAGUGUCUGAAGGUGGAAUCGAACGACCCGCUCGUCCUGUCGGUGCUGCUGUCCUGCAUUUCAUCCCUGUUCGUGUUCCUCAGCAUGUCCUCGUGCCAGAUUACGUCGGCAAACUGUGUGGCGAUGACGGGCGUACAGUUGCUGCCCCGGGUGUUGGAGAAAAUCUUUGCCGCCCUUACGUUCCAGGUACCGGGCGAGAUGCGGCGGUCGGGCGCGGUGAAAAACCUCCGUCGACACGCGGCCUCACUGAUGGUGAAGAUUGCCCACAAGUACCCGCUGCUGUUGCUUCCGAUAUUCGACCAGAUCAACACGAGCGUCCAGAAUCUGAUCCGCCAGCCGAACCAGCUCAGCAAGGUGGAACAGAUCACGCUGCUGGAGGCGCUGCUACUGAUCUCGAACCACUUCUGUGACUUUGAGCGCCAGAACGGAUUCGUCGGUGAGGUGAUUCGCGAUGGAAUGUCCCUGUGGGGAGCCCUGUUGGCGCCGGUCGUGAAGAACGCGCACACGUUCAUCGAGUACGUCGGUUUGAACAAACCCGCGAUCGAACCCGCUACCACGCCAACACCGUCCGAAGAUCCGUGCAACGCGAACCGGAGUCAACUGGUGUACGCACUGAACCUGGUGCUCGGCGUCAUCAAACGGUGCUCGUGGCCCGACGACCCGGACCGGUGCGCACGGGGCGGCUUCGUCGUCGGGAUGACGGAAUCGGGCAACCCGAUCUGUCGCAAUCCGGCCACCUCGCAUGUAGUGCCAUUGUUGCCUCACAUUUUUUCGCUAAUGCGCGUGCUGAACGAACUCUGGAAACCGGACGCACUGCACGCCUUCUCGGAAUCGUUCCGCAACGCCAACGGGAUGCAGGAGCACGAAAAAAAGCAACUCCUCGGUGUGUCGCCCGUUCUGCUCGAUCCGCUCGAUCCAUCGCUACGGAUGCCGCGGACUGCGUUCGCGCGCAUGCAGAUGUUUCUGUCGAACGUCUUCGAACACUGCUACCACAUGAUGGGCUCGGCCGGUCCGUCGUUGGGUCGCGAUCUGUACGCACUGCCCGGGCUCGCCGAUGCGAUCGUCGGCACGGUGUUUGCCAGCCUCGAGUACGUGCCCGAUUUUCGGCUACGCACGAUCGUGCGUGUGUUUUUGAAACCCUUCAUCUACACCUGCCCACCGGUGUUUCACGAAACGGUUCUGCUGCCAAUACUCGCCCAUCUAGCUCCGUUCGUGUUGACAAGACUGACUACUCGCUGGCAUUACAUCACUUCGCUGUACGAAUCCGGCGAACUCGGUGAGGACGUAAGCGACACGCAAGAGGUGCUGGAAGAUAUGCUUAAUCGCACCCUGACGCGAGAGUACAUCGACGUGCUGAAGGUGGCCCUGGUCGGCAGUUCGAUCGAUCCCACGGCAAACGCUUCCACCGAUGCGUCCAGCAGCAUGGAUCAGGAUGACCAGAGCAUGGAUGGACCACCGCAAGCGCUCACACGGGCCGCCCAGUCGGCCAUGACGUCCGAGGUCAUCAGCGAUUUGGGUGGCAAGCUGCUGCGCAAUCAGUACACCUCCAAUCCGAUCGUAAUGACGGUUUUAAGUGUGCUCUCGUGGAAUGACAGCAUUUCCAGUCUGAAAGCAACGCUGCUCAGUGGUCCCAUCAUUCGGUUUCUGGUGUCGGAGCAUCUCAUAACGGAAGCGCUGGCCUCGAAUAUCGUCAUCGCGGUGCUAAAGGCUCUCCAGCUGCACGGACAGCACGAAUCGAAUCAGACGUCGCUCAUCACGCUCGGUGUGCAGGCGUACGAAAUAUUGCGACCAAAGUUUCCCAACAUUCUCGAGGUGCUGCACCAGAUCCCGAACCACAGUCCGGCCGACAUACAGAAGUUGGACGAAAAGAUUUCGCUCGGCAGCACCAAGGGCAACAAAAUAGACAAAGCCAAGAAGGAUCUGUUCAAAAAGAUUACCUCGCACAUCAUCGGGCGCAACAUCGGGCAGCACGGUCGGAAGGAGGUCAAAAUUCUGAACCUUCCGCCGAUCAUGCCGCCACCGCCGGCCGGUGCCGGCGUCAACCAUCGGACGGCGAACGCAUUUAACCUCAUCGAAAGCGCCCAGGAAACGGGCCUGGCGCAUCUGUUUGCCAGUCGCAGUUAGUAGCCAGAUGCGUGCGCCAGAGGUGAACCGUGAACACGCCGGGUUGCGGAUCACGCCACGAGAGCCACCGCCCACGUGGGUGUGCCGUAAAAAUUGUGAAUAUUUGUUUUGUAGCGCAACGCAACACUCUACUCAUCAAGCGAUCGAUACUUUUUAUUGUAUUUAUUAGAGCCUCCAAUGAUGUGUGUACGGUGAGGAUCAAUUGUGUGAUCCUCUGCGGCACAGCAACUACGACCACAGAGAGAGAGAGGACAGCAGAUGCGGCGGCAUGUGCGAGAUGUGCGUGUUUCCCCCUUUGGAUUGUUAUUCAUGUUUGUUUCCCUCCACUCUUUUUUUUACUCGCCAUUUUUGCAUUCAUUUCCGUCGUUUCCGUGCUGUUCCGCCGCCGUUUGUGGAUCCGUGCCUGGACCCAGUGCGGUUAGAGAUUGUAAAGAAUUGGAAAUUAAAAAUUUCUCUGUUAUAUACUGCGGCAUGUCCACGCGAUCGUGUGCGUCUACAAAUGCGUUGUGUGUGUGUCUGGUGGGAGGGUUGGCCGCGUGUUCAAGAUGACAGUGGCCGGAGUGGCACGCUGGAGUUUUGUUAAAUAUUUUUAAUACAUAGCAAAGCCGGUCGGUAGAGCGGAAUGGAACCGAACCGACUUGCGAAGGAUAGGUAACAUUAAAUGUAUUCAUUGCAUGCGCGUUGACUAACGGCGAGUACACUACUACGCGGAAGUGGCAACGGUAGGGCGCCAAGCCACGGUGGCACGACCACCGACACUAGCGAACAGUGAAGCGAAAUAAUGUAACCUGUAAAGCUAUGUAAUAUUUAAAUAAUAUUACACACACUGUUUGCAUUAAGCUAC